AUGGGGUGGGAGGAGAGGAGUGGGGGGAGGCAGCGUCUCCGAGAGGCGCUGGCGCCGCCGCUGCCCUGCCUGCAGCCGGCUCCCGGGCCCGCGGAGCGCUCGCUGCAUCUCCCCCCCCCCCCGCCCCCUCCAAGUCCGGGGUCGACCGAGGAGCUGGGCACCGGCAAACAGACCCUGUGGUGGCUGCAAGCACCUGCGUCUGACACGGAGAACGCGGAGCACACGUGGCCAGGGGGUCAGCCGAGCGGUGAGCCGGGGAGCAGGGCAGGGAGCCUCCGGGUGUCGCUGGGUCCAGUGAAGCUGUUUGUAUUAAUAAAAGUGGAGGGCUGGGGCCCGUGGACUGUUCAGGUAGGGAGGCUGCUGGUCUGA